GCUGCGCGGGGAUUUGGCUGCCUGGGAGUCACGUGCACCGGACCGGAAGAUGGCGGGCGCUGCAGAAGAUGUACGAACCCUUUUCCGGGCUGGGAUCCGCGUGGUGCUAGAGGCCUGGCCGGCCUUGCAGAUCGCUGUGGAGAAUGGCUUCGGGGGCCUCCACAGUCAAGAGAAGGCCGAGUGGCUGGGAGGUGCAGUAGAGGAUUACUUCAUUCGCAAUGCCAACCUGGAGCUAGAUGAGGUGGAGGACUUCCUUGGGGAGCUGAUGACCAACGAAUUUGAUACGGUUGUGGAGGAUGGGAGUCUGCCCCAGGUGAGCCAGCAGCUACAGACCAUGUUCCACCACUUCCAGAGGGGUGAUGGGGCUGCUCUGAGGGAGAUGGCUUCCCAAAUCGCUCAAAGAAAGUGCAGAGUCACAGCCACUGCACUUAGGACAGCCAGAAAGAUUGAUGAUGAUGAUGAUGAUACGGACAGUGUGGAAGAGAUGGAGGUCUCAGCUACAAAUGAUGAGGCUGCUACAGAUGAGGUUUGCACCCAGCCUGAACCCUGUCAUCCAGCCUCUCAGGCUAUUAAGGAAGAAGAUAUAGUGGAAGAUGGCUGGACCAUUGUCCGGAGAAAGAAAUGAGUGGUUUGGGCUCUUAUUUGCUAGUUUUGAGACUUGUUUGGAGAGUUCUUGACUUCUGGACUGGUUACCCUAUCCCUCCCUUUCCCCUGUUCCCCUGUCCAGUUGGGAAGAAAAGCCCUAGGGUCCUUGGUUUUGGGGGGUAGUGGAACCUGGUCCAGCAUGGCCCUUUGGGCCUUAAAGUUACCAUCUGAGUGAUGAGGACAGAUUUGUCAGCUGUGUCUCUUGGUAAUAGUCAUUGUGAAGAGGGGAAUGUGUAUGGGUAUGGCUGGAGGAGCUAGAUGCAGGUUGACAGUGGAUAGGUAGAUUUGUGGAGGGAGAGGACCUAUAGGCGACCUGUACUCAAUGUUAGGGGGAUGGCUGGGUUAGGAAUGGUGAGUUGGGAAGAUGUGAGCAAAAGUUGCUGUGGGGCCUCUCCCUAUUCCACCCCACCAUACACUAUACACACAGGGAUAGAACAGCUGUAUCCCUGCCCAGAACAUGGAACCUCUUAGGAAUGUUCCCUUCCUGAACUCUAACCUCCCUCCCUGCAUUUCUGCAGGAAUUCUAAGACCUUGGUUAGGUAGCGAGCUUGGGAGAGCUGGGCUUUGUUUUCUGUCUCCUCCCACCUCUUCCCUAACUAUCCCAUCCCAUUUAAGUCCAGGGAUGAGGCUUAAAAUUCUAAUAAAUAGGACCUUAUUGUUUAAUCUGUGGCUUGACCUGAGUCGCCUUGGAAUCAGCCUCUUUAAAAGCUGAGCUUCAGAGUUCAGCAAGAGAGCAAAGUACCACCCUUGUAGCCUGGUACUUUAGACAAACAGCACAACAGUGUUCUGAAAGUUACUGUAAGCCUGAAAUAAACUGUAUUUUUCUUAAAAAACAAAACAAAGUAUCCAUUGUCCUCCUCCAAUUCUCCUGUCCUGCCCAGUGGCCCUGCCAUGGGUCUGGAUAAGCCAUGGGAGAUGCAGGAGGGUUCUAGUAACCACCAUAUGUAGUCAUACAUGUGAAGACACUGGCUGAGGAGGCAGGGUUGGGACAGGGCCCCAGGGUCAGUGGCAGAGCUGGCACUUG